AUGAUCUCUACCGACUCCAGUGAGCGCCAUAAACAAUUGGAAGAUAUUACGAAACGUGGACUGCGACGCGUGGACGAAAAGCAGAUAGAGUAUUUGCUGUUCGGCCGCCAAUUUAUUCUCAGGGACCAAAUCACGGAAGCUGCAAAAUUUGUCCAAAAUAUCAAGAGUCUUAUUGAUGAGGCUGUGAAAGCAUCACCGGAAGCGUCCCUUGCAUGGGCUGGCGUCUGUAUUCUUCUACCCGUCCUGACGAGCUCAAGUGCCGCAGAAGAGGCGAGUCGAGAUGGCUUUAUAUACGUUACUUCUCGAAUACGUUACUACAUGGAGUUUGAACAUCUCCUAUGGCCAGACUCCUUAAAUGCCUCAAAUGCCAAGGAUAAUUUUGAGACUCAAAUUAUUGAUCUCUACCGGCAGAUACUCGAAUUCCAGAUCAAGAAUGUUUUGCGCUUCUACCGAAACUGGCUUGCCAACGUGGGGCGCGACAUAUCUGGGUCUGAUGACUGGAAAGGAAUGCUUACGGUGAUUAAAGAUCUAGAACUCACCAUGAUAAGGGAUUGGAGCAACUUAAAUUCUGUGGCAUCACGGAAAGCCCUGGAAGCCAUUGACGAGGCUACGCAGCAGAGUUGUUCCGAUAUACAAUCGCUUUUGUCAAUCGCGAGACAACACAUUCAAGUCUCUACAGAGCAUCUCGAGAUUUCAUCCAAGCAUCUCAAGAUACACGAGCGCACAAAUCAAUUACUCGAGGAUCACCCAAUAGAGCUUCCUGCUGUCAGCCAAGCACGAUAUGACAGUGCUGAUGUUCAAGAUAGCCCAAAAUGCGAAAGCGGUACCAGGGCAAAUAUCCAAGGAACAAUCAUUCAGUGGGCAAACAAGGACUCUGCCGAACCCCUGUUCUGGCUCUCAGGCCCUGCGGGUACUGGUAAAUCUACGAUUGCACGAACUGUUGCGGACGUCAUGAAUAGUGAAGAUCGACUGGUUGCUGGCUACUUCUUCAAAAGAGGACAGCAAGACCGCAACGGCACUGCUCGCUUAUUUUCUACUAUUGCAAUGCAGAUGAUUGAAAAGAUACCUUCUAUGAGAGAAUACCUUCGACGGUCUCUCUCUGGUUUGGACAAGGACGCAAUAGAGGGGAUGGCCCUUGAAUUUCAGUUCAAAAAGCUUAUUCUAAGUCCUCUUGCAGAGCUUCCUUCUGAUAACAUACCCCGUCUGACAAGCGUUAUCAUCCUCGAUGCCCUAGAUGAAUGUGAAAAUGAAUAUCACUUAUCGAGGAUUAUCACGCUACUACUCCAGCUUCGGACCUUGCGUACAAUACGCUUGCGCGUGCUGCUCACAAGCAGAUCAUCUCCUGAGAUCCGAGAUGCCUUCAUGGGCCUUCAGAAGGACAGGGAUUUCUGCAACGUUGAGCUCCUCGACGGGAGAUUCUCCGCUGAAGCUAAGUCAGACAUACAAAUUUUCUUGGAGAGAAAUUUUGCAGACAUCAGGAGGAAGCGCAGAGUUCAGCAGAACCCUUGGCCCACGCAAGAAGAACUGGACCGCCUGGUAGAAUUAGCUACGACUCCUGAACCCUUGUUUAUUUAUGCCGCAACUCUCUGUCGAUUUGUUCAUGGUGAACGGCGCCCCAAGAAUCCGAAAGAUCAGUUACGGAUGUGGCUCAAACAGUGUGAUGAUCGUCAGUCACAGCUUCAUCAGAUUUACGAGCCCAUUCUUAACCAGGUCUUUUCUAGUCUAGAGCCUGAAGAAUUUGACAGGCGGCUGGGCUUCCUUGGGUCUCUUGUCCUUCUAGUGGAUCCGAUGCCAUCUGCAUCACUCGCCGCUCUUCUCCAGCUGGAUGUGGACGACGUUGUCUGGUGGCUCCCGGAGUUACACGCAGUGUUGAAUAUUCCUGCUGACGACCAUGUUCCCGUACGGCUACUACAUAAAUCGUUCAGCGACUUCCUUCUCAGUUCCGAAGGGCCUGGAAAAAGCAUGUAUUCUAUAGACACUGCAAGCACUCACACCAUGCUAGCCACCAAGUGUCUUGGUCAUAUGAACGCAAUGCUUAAACGGGAUAUUUGCAACAUCAAAAAGCUAGGCAAGCGCAGAAAAGACAUUGAUCAGCAUAUCAUGGAUGAACACAUCACUGCCGACCUUAAGUAUGCCUGCCUAUAUUGGAUACAUCAUCUUCAACACGGCGAACAACAAAUGAAUCGUGAAAUCCCCACGUUUAUAUAUAAACACUUGCUCCACUGGGUAGAGGUCCUUGCAAUCGUGGGAAGACUAUCAGACGCAGUCAUGGCCAUUAGGAGGCUUCUGGAGACAUUUCAGCAUUUGCCCGAUAUACCUAUAGAUCUUGUUCUUUUCACACUAGAUGCAAGCAAAUUCAUCUCCAGUUUUGGGUCAAUCAUCGAUCGAGCACCCCUUCAAAUCUAUGCUGCCUCAUUACUGUUUUCGCCGACAUCGAGUAAGGUGCGGCAAAACUUUUGGAAUGAAUGCCUCGUGGAUAUCGAUAGUAUCGAGGGGGUGAAGUCUGAUUGGGAUGCACAAUGGCAGACUCUCGAAGGUCAUAAGAAACACCUCACAGCAUUUGCCUUCUCGCCUGACAGCCAAACUGUGGCAUCUGUGUCAGAAGACGGCAUGAUCCGGCUAUGGGACGUAAUAACGGGAACACACAGACAUACGCUUGUAGGUCACAGCGAAAGCGUCACAGGAGUAUUCUUUUCGCCCGAUGGCGGGUUGAUAACAUCGGCGUCAAAUGAUCAUACAAUUCGGCUCUGGGAUGCAACAACAGGCUCUCUUCAACAAACACUUGUGGGCGAAGGCAGUCUUUUAACAGAUAUCAGGGCGGAAGGAGGUGGAAUCAACCGGGUCGAUGCAGUUGUGUUUUCGCCUGAUGGGCAUCUAGCAGCGUCAAUAUUAAUAAAUAAUGCAAUCCGGAUCUGGGAUACCAAAAACGGCGCCUAUCGGCAAACACUCGAAGGCUAUAAUGGUCUAGUUACAGCAGUCAAGUUUUCACCCAAUAACCGACUAAUUGCAUUAUUGCUGAAUGAGGGUUCCAUCCAACUCUGGGAUAUUAAAGGUGUAUGCCUGCAAACGAUUAAAUAUAAUAUCCGUUCGAGCAAUGCUGUUGUUUUUUCGCCCAAUAGCCAGUUAAUAACAUCGUCAGUAGACGACGGCACAUUCUACCUCUGGGAGGUAGCAACGGGCAGUUAUGACAAGGUGCUUAAAGGCCACGAUGAAAGACUUAGGGUUAACGCGGCUGCUUUCUCACCAAACGGCGAGCUAGUAGCAUCUGGAUCAGCGGAUGCCACUGUCCGGCUCUGGGAUGUCGCAACGGGCACACUUCAACAAACAUUGAAGUUCCCUGACCCAAUAACAGGGUACGUUGUCUUCUCGCCCAACGGCCAGCUAGUUGCAGCGUCAAGCGAGGAUGUAAUCUGUGUCUGGGAUACAGUAACAGGGAUAUGCCAUCAGACUCUGAAGGGGCAUAGCGCCUCUGUCACUGGUAUCAUUUUCUCACCCAGUAAUCUUCUGGUGGCAUCCAUAGCUCGUGAUAUAACAGUCCGACUUUGGGAUGCAUCAAAGAGUACUCGCCAGCAGAUGCCUGAGAGCAACAUCGACUGGAUUGCAGCUGUUAGCAUCUCACCGAAUGCCCAAAUAAUAGCGUCAUCAUCUGCCGAUGGUACAAUACAGCUUUGGGAUGCAACAAAUGGGUCAUUUCGACAGACAUUAAAAGGUCACAGCAGUAUGGUUCGUGAGCUUGUCUUUUCGGAAGAUAACCGGCAACUGGUCUCAUUAUCCAGUUAUGAGAUUCGAAUAUGGGAUGCAGAAACAGGUGUACAUCAACAUGUGCUUCAGAAUCAUAAUGAAUGGAUCAGAACAAUGGCUCUUUCACCUCAUAACAAGCUAGCUACGCUGGGGUAUGGUGAUGGUAGUACAAUCCAGCUCUGGGAUACGGCAAUGGGCACUCACCAGAUGGCGCUUGAGGGCCAUAGCGGCUGGGUUACAGAAACCGUCUUCUCACCUGAUGGCCGGCUGCUGGUGUCGGCAUCACAUGAUGGAACAGUUCGAGUCUGGGAUACAUUGACUGGCACGAACCGACAACUCCUUGAAUGCAGCGAUGGCACUUUUGUGCUAUGUAUUACUUUCUGGCCCAAGAGCCAACUAGUUGCCUUUGGAUUUCGUAAUAGUACAGUCCAGAUUUGGGAUUUAGCGACGGGCACACAUCAGCGGACUUUCGAGGGCUACACCAAGUUCAUUAUAGCGAUUGCCUUCUCCCCUGACGGCCAAGUAUUAGCCUCGGCAUUAAAUGAUGGAACACUCUGCUUCUGUGAUACGACAACGGGCAAGAGCCGGCGAACCCUUGAGACGGGUAAUCUUCUCAGCUUGGUGUAUGAUCCGGCUUCUGAAAUGUGCCUAUAUACAGAUGUCGGGACCUUAGGCAUGAAUCGAGUUUCUAUGGAAGAUGUGGCAGAUAUUCAAGGGCUGCUACCGAAUCUGACCUUUUGUGGUCUAAGUUUCAGCCCAGAUAGGGAAUGGAUAAGGAUCGGCUUCGAGGAUCAUGUAUGGCUUCCUCCAGAGUAUCGGAGACCGGGAUAUUCUACCGACGCAUCGAUUAUUCGAGGUUGGAUGGUUUUCAUUGGUUGCCAAUCGGGAGAAGUUCUACGAUUAAGAAUUCGACAACCUGAACACGCGCCGACUUGUUGA